AUGGCAGACGUCAAACUCGUCCAUACCCUACUCGACACCACAUUGAACUCGAUCAUUCCUUUGACUCGAGCCGGCGUCGAUUCGGGUGCCAAGGUCUUUGGGGCCGCGAUCUUGCGCAAGGACACGUUGGAACCUUGUAUGGUCGCCACGAACACCGAAACUGACUCACCUCUGAUGGUCAGUCCAUAAGGUUCAUGUAUAUUUCUGCGUCGUUUAAAUGGGUGGAACCUAUGUACAAAUGAGCCCCGAGGCCACCGAGAGUGAGCUUCUUCGGCGCAGCUCAACCUGAUAACGGAUUCCGCUUGCUCCCUGGCAUCUCUCCGAUUGAUUUCUCAAAUCGGUCCCGAAGCACGGCGAGAUUACCUGCAGUGAGUCGUGUUCCAAGAUUCAAGUGUGCUCAAAUUAAAUCGACUGACGUAUCCGAAUUUGCCUGGUGCCAGUACAAAACUUCUACACCCAAAUCUCGGCCGAAUCACGACCGAAGGCCAAAGACACUAUCUUUUUCGCGACCCAUGAGCCCUGCUCUUUAUGUACGUCGUGAUUCAAAGCGUAAAGCAUCGUUUUCUCUUCCGUUGUUUUGUAAUAUGCUGACUUAAUCAGACUUGUCCUGCUUUGCGUUCCCCGUUCCUAGGCUUAUCGUGAGGAGGCUCCUCCUGAAAGCCUUACGUUUUGGGCAUACCAUUAAAUUCACUUUGCCGUUUCUUGCAGUGGUAUCACCUGGGGCGGCUGGGACAACUUCACCUACCUUUUCAGCUACGAAGAAACGCGUGAUACGUUCGCGAUCCCUCACGACAUCGACAUCCGUGCGUACACUUCCUCGUCUGAAAGCCCUAUAAGAUAUCCAACUAACCGACUGGCAUCGAUAUUCUAUUCUUCUUCCACCUCCGCAGUCGAACAAGUCUUUAAAGUACCCUCUCUGUGCUCUUCCGAAACGGCUACCGAACUAGCGAACCGACCGUUGUACAACAAGGUCAACAAAUUCUUCACCUCGCAAUCCAUAAGCGACCUUGUCCAAGCAUUACCCGAAGGGUCGGAGCAACGAACAAUCCUUGAAGCCAAGGUCAAGUCCGUCAAGGAGGCUUAUAAUGAUUUGUCAAGAACGUAUCAGGAAGGGAAGGGGGAUAAAGGGAUACCGCUCGCUUGA